ACAAGAUCAGGACGCUAUAAAUUUGAGGUCGCCCCUACAAAUGUGUGUUCAUGCUGGCUUCUUCAAUUCGCAUCUUGUUCUGUAGAAACGUCAGAGUAGCUUCUUCUCUUUGUGCUUCUCAAUCUCAUCACUGGUCAAGACAAAUCUCAGAUAAACCUACGAACUCAAUCUUGUUGGGUCCUCCUCGGAUUUCAUCGUUCAGUGUUCUUGUUAGAUCGAGGUUUUCGAGUCCUUUGUCCCUUGCGUUUAGAACAGAUCGCACAAUGGCUUCUCAAUCAAAUACUAAAUCAGUCCACGAUUUCUCGGUCAAGGAUGCCAAGGGAAAUGAUGUUAAUCUCGGCGAAUACAAGGGGAAGGUCCUUCUGAUUGUCAAUGUUGCCUCACAAUGUGGCUUGACUAAUUCAAACUACACAGAGCUGGGCCAAUUGUACGAGAAAUACAAAGGCAAAGGUUUUGAAAUCCUGGCUUUCCCUUGCAACCAGUUUGGUGCACAGGAGCCUGGAAGUAAUGAGCAGAUAGUUGAGUUUGCCUGUACUCGCUUUAAAGCUGAGUUCCCCAUUUUCGACAAGGUGGAUGUGAAUGGUGAUACUGCUGCUCCACUGUACAAGUAUCUGAAGUCAAGCAAAGGUGGACUGUUCGGAGAUAGCAUAAAAUGGAACUUCUCCAAAUUCCUUGUUGAUAAAGAUGGCAAUGUCGUCGACCGUUAUGCACCCACAACCUCUCCUCUCAGCAUUGAGAAGGAUAUCCAGAAGCUUUUGAGUGCAUGAACCAAUGCAGGAACCAGCAAACUUUAAAGAACAAGUUAUUAUGAAUAAAGGAAUGUGUAGAAUGCUAGAGGCUGUUGGUCUAGUUUCCUCCUUUUAGUUUGUGUACCCAAGUAACUAAUGUGCUUGAAAUAUGCAUGUGGAUCUGGUGGUGAAUAUGUAACUGUGUGCGGACUACUUUAUCCGUUUAUCGCGUGUGAAGUCUUUUUUGAAUUAUGCUCCUCAAUUUCUAUCUUUACUCCUGUGUUAUUGAAUAAUACUGAGGGUUGAUUUUAUGCCCGAUGGCGAUGAUUCUCAUUUGAA